AUGUUUUGUGGACUUCCAGCAUACACACUUCCAAUUUCCAGCCAUUAUUGUUCCGCUGUCUUUACAGACAGUACGUUGUCCCACCGGUUGAAAAUCCAUCAUUAUCAUCAUCUGACCACUUCCAUCUUAUCAAAUUAUAUCGUCCUGAAAUACAGUCAGUCGGACGGCAAUGACGGCGGCGGCACUGAUGGUGCUGAUGAUGAUGGCGAUGACGGUGAUGUUAUGUCCGUCUCAACUGUCGCUGUUCGAAAGGUUGAUGAGAGACUAAAAAGAUUGGUGAUACUUGGUGUCUGGAUAAAAGUGAUGUAUUUAGAAACUCAAACAUUUACCGAAGAAAGUUGGUGA